AUGCAUGUUCGAACAGAAAAAGAGUGCAAAAACUCUGGCUUAUGCAUUUGGGAGAUAGAUAAAUGUAUUAUAAAACCUGGCCAAUCAUACAAUACAGAGAUGAGUAAUUCGAAUAAAUGCAAGAGAUAUGCAUAAGAGGAUUGUAGACAAUAAGAAUUUUGUGGGUUUUAUUUUGGUUAAUGUAUUGAUUUUGAUGACUGCAUAAUUUUUGAUAAAGAUAGUUGUUAAGAGUCUUCAUAUAAAUGUGUUUCUGAUGGCUCAAAGUGCGUUCAAAUAUAAGAAUGCAGUGAUUACAAAACAGAGAAUGGAUGUGCCAAUAUAAAUAAGUAUAACAAGUACUGCUUUUGGAUCGGAGGGAUUUAAAAACAAUGUUUAGAUGUCAUAACUUGUGAAGGUCUACCAAUAUACUUAAAUAAUCAUUAAAUGUGUGAAUCAGGCCUAAAGGGAUGUACAAUAAGUGAGAAUGGUUAUGGAUGUAUAAACUAAAUGGAGUUUUGUUCAUAAUAUGCUAAUAAUUUCUAAUGCUUUCAAAGUAAAAAAAAUAAUUGCUAUUGGGAUUAAAAAAAUGAAAAAUGUGUAGAAAAAGUGUGCGAAAAUCUACUGUUCACUCAGGAUUACGAAUGUAAAGGAAUUUUAAGUGAUUGUACAACUAACGGAGUGCAUUGUGUAAAAAGGAGAUAAUGUAGUGAUGCUUAGAGUAUAUCUGGUUGUGUAACGGAUUUAGAGGGUAAAAAAUGUGAAUAUCAUUAAAAUCAAUGUAAAAUAAAAAGUUGCAGCACUGCUCCAGAUUCUCUUAGGAAUUAUCAAUAAUGCUAGGAUUAUGAUAAUCUAUUAGAUUGUGUUACUUCAGAAAACAAAGGAUGCAAAACACGACCUGAAACAUGCUAUGGUUAUACUGAAGAAAUGGAUUGCUAUUCUGUAACAGAAUAAGAUUGUAUUUGGUAUUAAAAUAAAUGCGAACAAAGAUAAUGUUAUCAUGCACCAGAUUAUUUUACUCAUGAGGAUUGUCAUUUUUAUGGGAAUUGCAUAGGGAAAUUAAAUGGAGGAUGUUAAAUGACACCUUAAUUAUGUGAAGAAAUAUUGGAUAAAUAAUUUUGUGAAAUAAAUUAUAAUAAAGAAAAGUGCAUUUGGCUUGAAGGUAAGUGCGAAUUGUUGCAAUGUAAAAAAUUGAAAUUACCAACCUAUAAAAAUCAUCAAAUAUGCUAAAACACAAGUUAAUAUUGCACUUUUAAUGUAAACACUUUAGGUUGUACAGAUUAUAUAUGUGAAAAUAUUUUAGAAAUAGAGUAUUGCACAAUUGAUUCAAAUGGUACUGUUUGCACAUUGAAUUAAGGAUGUAUAGAGAAGAAUUGCAAUACUGCUCCUCCAUAUUAUGAUUCAAAUUCAAAAUGUGAAGAGUGGAUGCCAAAAUGCACAGUUAAUGUAUAAUAAAUAUAGAAUUCAAAAAUUUUGAUUGGAUGUAUAGAUAAGAAGAAUAGUUGUGAGCUUUCUAAUUAGGAUCAAUGUUAUUCAACAAUUUCAGAACUUUAGUGUAAAUGGGAUGAAUAUAAUAAAAGAUGCAUUAAUCAAUAAUGUACAGAUGCUAGUGUUUUGUUAUAUUUAACAAAUGAAGAUUGUUAAUAAUUUAAAGUGCUUUAUGGUCCUUGCAUUAUAAGAUAUACAGGAGCUGGAUGUUAAUAAUGGCCAACAGAUUGCACUCAGAUGAUGUCUAUAAAUCAAUGUUAAUUGAAUUUAUAAGAUGGGACAAAUUGUUUUUGGACUGGGACUAAAUGUAAGAAAUAAGAAUGUUCAGAUGCUCCUAAAGUGAAUUACACCAAUAAUGUUGAAUGUAAUACGUGGUUAAAGACUUGUAUUUUCGAUCAUUCACUUGGUGGAUGCAAAGAUCGACCUAAUUCCCUUGCUUGUUCAUCUUCUCCAAAUGAUGUCAUGUAUAAUAAUCAUCAAGAGUGUUUUGCUUGGAACCCUAAAUGCACCGUGAUUUCCUCCUUUAAGGUUGAAGGAUGUGAAUCCAAGAAGGCUAAUUGUCAUGAAUUCAUUAGGCAAAGAAAUUGUAAGACAAAUAAAAAUGGUUAAUUUUGUUAUUGGGAUGAUAAAUUAUAAAAAUGCAUGAAUGAGGGUGAAGAUAAUAAUGGAGUUGCUGAUUGUGAUAAGAGACUUUAUGGAGAUUUAACUCAUCAGGAUUGUGAGGACUUCCUGCCUAAAUGUACAAUAAAAAAUAUUGGCAGAUCCUGCUAAUCUCUUUUAUAGUGUAGUUAUUAUAAAUAUUAAUAAUAAUGUGUAAUUGAUGCAUAUUUGUAACCAUGCAAAUGGGAUAACCAAAAUUAAACCUGUAAAUCUGUUGAUUGUGUUGAUAACAAUACUGCUUAAACUGAGGCUGAAUGUUUAAGGUUCAGAUAUAGUUUCGAUUGUUAAUUAAAAAUUAACCCUAAUGGAACAUACGGUCCUGGCUGUGAGAAGAGACCUAGAAGUUGUGGAGAGGUUACAAAUCCUGUCGUAUGUAAAUUAACUAUGACAUAUUCCUUUGACAGAUGCUAUUUUAUUAAAUAUAAUUCCACAUGUUCUUUAUUAACAUCAUCAUAAUGUGAAUUAAUAGAGAGUCAAAGUAAUGAGAUUUGUCAAUUAUAUAAUUCUUAUUGUGUCCUUUAACCAAGUGGUUAAGGAUGUCAUUCUAUUUAUGUUUGUAAUAAUAUAUCGAGUUAGGUUUGUAACAACGCCCUAAUGAAGUAUAAUGAUAGAUGCAUAUAUUAAGACAAAUGUAAUAAUGACGUUUGUUCCUCCAGAUAACUUUCUUCUUAUAGUUGUAGCGGAUAAAAAACAUCAUCUGGGAUAAAAUGCUCAUUCAUAUAAUUAUGCUAUAGUUCUGGUGCUUGCGAAUACAAAUGCGUCGAUUAAACUAAUUAAAUUUAUUUAUACAUUUCUUCUUCAGCAACCCUUGAUGACAAAAGAAAGUAAUGUUAAAAUUACUCGUCUACGUAUCGAUAUGAUACAAGCUGCAGUUGCUGUGUAAUAUUGACUUCAUGCAGUUUUUAAGUAGGCUCAUAAUAUCUUUGUAAUUCAUCAAUUACCCAGAACGGAUAAAAGUGCGGAUAUAAUCAAUCGAAUAAUACUUGCGAGGAUAGAAUCUGCUCUCAUUUAAAUUCCACUCAUAACCUUUCGUAAUUAAUUUGCUAUAAUUGGGGCUAUAAUUGCGUAUAUGAUGUUACUGGUUGUAAGACUUUCUCCGGUGAUUGUUCAACAAUUGGUAUAAUUUAAUAAUGUUAUACUCAUUCAUGUUACUGGUAAGAUAAUAAAUGCGUAAAUUAUCUUAAUUGUGAUCUUAACACAACUGCAGUGACGAAUCGGGAAUGUUUAUUAAGUAAUAGCCUUUACUGCAAAUUAAAUUACACUCAAGGCUAUGGUUGUGCCUUUCGUUAUUGUAGUUAUAUCAAAGAAGCUGCAAUAUGUAAUUCAGCAAAAAUUGCUGAUGGAUAAAGAUGUUAUUGGAUCAAUAACUAUUGCAAUUACAAAAGAUGUUCAGAUCAUACAAUAUAAUCUGAUUGUCAAAAUAGUUAUGGUUUUUUAUCCCCAAUUACUUCAAAAUGUUAUUGGUGUUCACUCAACACUAUUAAAUGCUCUAAUAAUAAAUACUGCAGCCUUACUACCAUAACAUCACUUUCAUCACAUGAGGAUUGCAAUAAUAAUAAUUUCUUUUCAACAAUUUAUAUAUCUAUGAGCUCAAAGUGCACUCUCAAACAAUAAUUAUGUUAAAAUUACACAUAUAAAUUGGCUUGUGUAAAAACAAUAAAUAAUGUAGGCUGUUAUUGGAAUUCUAAUGCUUGUAUAAAUUAUUGUGAUGCUGCAGUUCAAUCAAUAACUACCUGGACACAUUCAUCAUGUCAAAGUUGGAAUAGUUCUUGCAUGUCAUUAAAUGAAGCGGGAUGUCAACUGCUUGAUUGUUAAAAAUUGAUAAUAGAAGCAGACUGUGUAAUUUUUUCUACAAAGUGUUUUUGGGAUGGUUCGACUUGUUAAACUAUUGGCGAUUGUAGCAGGUACUUCGAUAAUUCCUUGUGCUUAGAUAAAAUAAAUUCAUAAGGCAUCCCUUGCUUUUGGGAUGAUACUGAUACUAAAUGUUUAGAAAAAACAUGCUCAAAUAAACCCUCCUCUUCAAAUGACCAAACAGAAUGCAACAGUUGGUUGACUAAUUGCUAAUGGAAUAAAAAUAAUAAUCAAUGCGUAGAAGAUUGCGCAUAAGCUGAUAUUUCAAAUAACACUCAUACGCAAUGUGAAUCCUAUUAUUCAAAUAAAAGUUGCACUGUUAAAGUAGACAUCAUUUAAUGUGUGGACCUUCCCUUUUCUUGUUCUUUAGCAAAGGAAACUUAGUGUUAUAAAGAUUAAUUUGGAAAUGAAUGCUACUAUUAGGAUUCAUUAAAAAAGUGUGUUAAUUUAUUAUGUUCAAACUUGGAAUCAUCAUUUAACACCCAUGAAAAAUGUAACUCAAGAUUAAAAGCUUGCACAGUAAAUGAAGAUUUUAAUGGAUGCCAAUAAUUGAAUAAUUGUGGUAGCUAUUCAAAUCCUGAACAAUGUAAAAUUGAUUCAAACAAUGUAGAAUGCGAAUGGAUAAUAAAUUCAAAUACAUGUACAAUUAAGUAAUGUUCAACUGCAUAAUUGAAAGACUAUUCAGCGCAUAGUUGUCAUUAGUAUUUUGGUGAUUCUUGUACAAUAAACGAUGCCUUAAAUGGAUGUGAGAUUGGCCAAAGCCAGUGCUCAAGUUACACAUAUAAUUAAUGUAAUAGUGAAGGACAGAUGAACUUAAGUGCAGUUAGUUGUUUCUGGGAUGAGGAGAAGAGCAUUUGUAUGGAGAGGAUUUGUAGAAACGGACCUUCACUUGCCUAAUCUCAUGCAGAUUGCAUAGGGUUCCUUUCUACUUGUUAAAAAAGUAGUUGUCGCAGAAAAGAGUGCUUUGAUUAUAAUUAUGCAAUUGACUCAGCUUGUGCUUCAAUAUUUGAAGAUAAAAGAUGUGCAACCAAUGGAUAUCAAUGUAUUUUAAGAGGGACUUGUGAAGAUAUUACUGCUAGUGAUGGUUGUACUUUUGAUAUUAAUCUCAAUCCUUGUGUAUGGAUAAAUCAAAAAUGUUAUACCAAAAGUUGUGACACUGCAUCAAUCUCUAUAACUGAAUAUUUGGAAUGCAAUGCAUAUUUUCCAGGUUGCACAGCCAAACAAGGAGGAGGAUGCACUAAAAAACAAAAGUGUAAAAAUUACUAAAUUAAAGAGGCUUGCUAUACAGAUAGUGAAAAUUAAGAAUGUAUAUGGGAUGAUUACCUCAAUUAAUGUUUUUCUAAUUAAUGCAUUGAUUCCUGUGGAGAUGGCAUUAUUUCGAGUAAAGAAGAAGAAUGCGAUGAUGGAAAUUAUUUACCUUAUGAUGGUUGUUACAAAUGUCAAAUUCAAUGCCCAUUAGGUUGUAAUAGUUGUAAUGGUUGGAUAUGUGAAGAGUGCCAAAAGAAAGGGUGGCUAUUGAUUAAUGGUAUUUGUACUUCAAUAUGUGGUGAUGGCUACAUUACAGGUUAGGAGUAGUGUGACGAUGGAAAUUAAAUUGAAUUUGAUGGAUGCUUUGAUUGUACUUACUCUUGUCACCAGAAGUGCCUUAAUUGCUUCUAAGGCCUAUGUGUACUCUGCGAAGAUGGAUACUUAGAAGAUGGAUCAUAAUGUUUUAAUAUUUGCGGAGAUGGUUUACUAAUAAAAAAAUUAGAAUAAUGUGACGAUGGAAAUAUUUAGAAUAAUGAUGGAUGCAGUAAUACUUGCGAAGUAGAGGAUAAUUGGAAGUGCUAAUAAGAAAAUAAUAUUAGCGUGUGUAAAUAUAAUAUUCAACCUGCGAUUAUCCUGACUAAAAUCUCAAAGUCAAACACAGAUAAUCAAGAAUUCCGUUUAUCCUUUUCUGAACAAGUCCGUUUGAAUGUAAAUUAGAUUAAUGAAGAAUAAUUUCUUCAAAUGAUUGUUGUUACUAUUGAAAAUACUGACGAUUCUGAAUAUGAUGUUGAAAUCAAACCCAUUGUUUCUAUCUCCCCAAUUUUGGCUGAUGUGAGUUAUAAAAUAAUAGUCUAUUUUAAUAGUAAUCUUUCAAAUCCUUUAAUCAAAGUUACAAUCAGAUGUGAGAAUAUCGUAAAUAUUUAAGACAAUACUUUAUUCUCUAACGAAGCAAAUUUACUGUUAAAAUCUCCUAAUAAAAUGUCAUAGGAUCGCUAAUCCAUUAUUUCUAAAACAGCCCUUCUUAGUAAGAUCGUUAUGUAUAUCAUCUUGAUUGUCAGUGGAAUAGCUUUUUGUUGUGGCAAUUUAGAAAUUUUAUGGAAUCUCCUUGAUAUGCUAUAAUAAUUAUCCUAUAUGAAAUUUCAUAACCUUUAAUUCCCAGAAAAUCUUCAAAUCUAUUUUGAAAUUUUUACAAUUGGGGAUUUUACUCCAAUAGUUAAUUUUUUCUAAAUAGAUACAUAUUUAGAGGAAUUGUUUGAUUUCCAAAUUCCAACCAUACCAGCUAAGUGGAAAUUUGAAUCCUAUAAACUCAAUUGUUACUUUUUGAAAAAUUUGCAAACAUUUGUAGUUAUUUUGAUCAUCGGAUUUGCUUAUUAUAUCUUCUCAUAUUUCUUUUAUAAAUUUCUGAUCAUUAUCAAAUAUUACAAUUGGCCAGCUAUUUUUUACAAUCAUUAUGAUAAAUUCUUUAGAAUUUCCAGAUCUAUUUUUUCUUUAUAGAAGUUAGCAAGAAGAUAAUAUUAAUAUUUCAUUUACUCUGGAUUAAUUAGAAUUUUUACUUCUAAUUUUUACGAAUUAACCUUUGCAUCUAUUUUAUAAAUUGCCAAUUACAACACAGAUGAUAAUUUAAAUGCAACUAUUUCAUUAUUAGCCCUGAUUGUAUUACAAAUUAAUUUAUUCCUAAUCAUACUAUUUUUUUCUUAUCUAAGCAAAAAAGAUGAAGUGCCCAAGGUGUUAAAAGUCUUAGUAGAAGGAAUUAAUAAUAAUUUUAAAUAAGUUUCUAAAUAGUAUUUUACUAUAUUAUUGAUUAAAAAAACCCUAUUUAUUGUGAAUUUAGUUUUAUUAUAAGACCUUUAGGGUGCUUAGUGUCUAAUUACAGGUUGUUUGUCAGGAACUUUUGCUUUAUAUAUUUAGAUUUAUAAACCUUUUAAAAAUAAUUAUGAGAAUAAGAAAAUAUUAAACACAGAACUUUUGAUCAUGCUUAAUGUUUAACUCUUUUCCGUUUACGACAUUAUCAAAUUUAAUUAAGACAAAAGCUUAGCUGAAAUUUUAGGUUGGAUUAAUAUAGGGGGUUUUACAUUAAUUCUUAUUGUCACUUUAGCCAUUGAUAUUUACUAACAAUUAUAAAAAUACAUAUGUUACUGGUAAUAAAAAUAGUUAGGAACUAAGAAGAACAAAACAAGAAAAGGAAUUACUAAUAAUAUUUUUAAAUUCUGA